AUGGUCAAGACAGUCAAAGGUGUGCAGCUGGGUCUGUCCUGGGUAAAGACAGUUGCCGGUGACAUCCCGGACGGUGCCAUUGAGACGCAGCCUGGCAUCUACCUAUGCCGCGCCUUGCACGAAGGAGAACAAACUCCCGGCAAGUACGUUCGCCGUGAUGCCCUCGCCUUCAUCGCUUACAGAGGCACGGAAUACCCGAAGACGGACUUUGAGGUACUCUGCGACACUAGAUGCCCCAAGCAACCUCGCUGGUAA